ACCGGCGCUGGAAAACUCUGUGCUCUGCUCUUGCGGCACCUGGGGAGAGGGAACCAAUAAAUUUUAAUCGGACCUGCGGAUAUUUGCUGCUUGUUUUUCAUUUUCGAGGUUCCUGUGUCAACAAGGACUCGCAACGACAGAAGCAGAAACUCUUCCAAAGCGCUGCAAUGGACAACAACACCGUGGACCCCCGCUGCCGUCAGCAACCUCCGCUGGCUAUCGAUAUCAUAACGCAGCUGGACACCUUCGGGAUUGUCCUGUACUCUGCUCUGACUCUGAUGGCUGCUCUGUCCGUCCUGGUCUACAUCGAGGAGUGCAUCUAUAUCUACAGAAAGGUCUCGUCCCCAAAGAAGACGGCCAUCAUCUGGGUGAACGGAGCAGCUCCAAUCAUUGCCACCACAUGUUGUUUGGGGAUGUGGAUCCCGAGAGCCACCAUGUUCACUGAGAUGACCUCCAGCUCGUACUUUGCAAUCGUGGUGUAUAAGUUCUUGGUGCUGAUGCUGGAGGAGUGUGGGGGGGACGAGGCGUUUCUGAGGCGCUGUGGGAAGGACACGCUUCGGAUCAGCACCGGGCCCUGCUGCUGCUGCUGCCCCUGCCUGCCCCGCGUGGCUGUCACACGGCGAACCCUCUUCCUGCUGAAGCUGGGCUCCUUCCAGUUUGCUCUGCUCAAAACCAUCUUCAGCAUCCUGUCCAUCAUUCUGUGGACCAACGGAAACUUCGACGUGGCCAACCUGGAGAUCACGGGAGCUGCCAUCUGGAUUAACCCGUUUGUGGGCGUGCUCACCAUCAUCGCCCUGUGGCCCGUGGCCAUCCUGUUCAUGCACCUGUGCAACCUGCUGCGCAGCCAGAGGAUCAUCCCCAAAUACGCCAUGUACCAGCUGGUGCUGGUCCUGAGUCAGCUGCAGUCAGCCAUCAUUAACAUCCUGGCCAUGAAUGGGACCAUCGCCUGUGCCCCGCCCUACUCCUCCCAGGCCAGAGGAUACUUGAUGAGCCAGCAGCUGCUGAUCCUGGAGAUGUUUAUCAUCACGCUGGUCACCCGGCUGCUGUACCGCCGCCACUACGACCCGCUGCCCCCCCACGACCCCCACGAGGACGACAACGACCAGAACACCAAGUUCAUCAUGCACAACAAGGCGUGAUGGCAGCACAAGCGUGCGUGUGUGCGUGUGAGUGUGUGUGUGUGUACGUGAGUGUGCGUUU